UGUACAGUUUCCAGAGUUCCCUUGAAGCUGAAUUCAGAUCAGCACUUAGAGGGGUUCAGUACAGCUCUCUCUACCUCAUGUGCUCAAUCCCGCCUCCUGUAAGGCAGCCCGAGGAUCUCGCAUAGUAAAAUGGCUGAAAAGCAGAAACACGAAGGCAGGGUAAAGAUAGGACACUACAUCCUCGGAGACACGCUGGGAGUCGGGACAUUUGGAAAAGUGAAGAUUGGAGAGCACCAGCUAACAGGACAUAAAGUUGCUGUGAAGAUCCUCAACAGACAGAAGAUCCGCAGUCUCGAUGUUGUGGGGAAAAUCAAACGAGAGAUUCAGAACCUCAAGCUCUUCAGACAUCCACACAUCAUCAAGCUGUAUCAGGUGAUCAGCACUCCCACAGACUUCUUCAUGGUGAUGGAAUAUGUGUCUGGAGGGGAACUCUUUGACUAUAUUUGUAAGCAUGGAAGGGUGGAAGACACAGAGGCGAGACGUCUUUUCCAGCAGAUCAUCUCAGCAGUAGAUUACUGCCACAGACACAUGGUGGUGCACAGAGACCUCAAGCCUGAAAAUGUACUGCUGGAUGGCAACAUGAAUGCCAAGAUCGCUGACUUUGGUCUGUCAAACAUGAUGUCAGACGGAGAGUUCCUGAGAACGAGCUGCGGGUCACCAAACUACGCUGCACCAGAGGUCAUCUCAGGAAGGCUGUAUGCGGGUCCAGAGGUGGACAUCUGGAGCUGUGGCGUCAUUCUCUAUGCACUGCUCUGUGGGACUCUGCCGUUUGAUGACGAGCACGUGCCCACUCUCUUUAAAAAGAUCCGUGGAGGGGUCUUCUACAUCCCAGAAUACCUCAACCGCUCAGUAGCCAGUCUACUAAUGCUUAUGUUGCAAGUGGACCCACUGAAAAGAGCUACUAUCAAAGACAUCAGAGAGCAUGAGUGGUUUAAGCAGGACCUUCCUGGCUACCUCUUCCCUGAGGACCCCUCGUACGACGCCACGGUGGUGGAUGAGGAGGCCGUGCGGGAGGUGUGUGAGAAGUUUGAAUGCACUGAAGCUGAAGUACUGAGCAGCCUUUAUAGCGGAGACCCUCAAGACCAGCUGGCUGUGGCGUACCACCUCAUCAUUGACAACCGGAGAAUCAUGAACCAGGCCAGUGAGUUCUACCUGGCCUCCAGUCCCCCAACUGGCUCCUUCAUGGAGGAGGGCAUGCCUCUGCCACCAGGGGUCAAACCUCACCCCGAACGGAUGCCUCCGCUUCUGGCCGAUAGCCCGAAGGCACGGUGCCCUCUCGAUGCCCUCAACACUACUCGACCCAAACCGCUGGCGGUGAAGAAAGCAAAAUGGCAUCUGGGCAUACGGAGCCAGAGCAAACCCUACGACAUCAUGGCUGAGGUUUAUCGUGCCAUGAAACAGCUGGAGUACGAGUGGAAAGUGGUGAACCCCUAUCACCUGAGAGUGCGCCGGAAGAAUCCAGUCACUGGGAAUUUUGUGAAGAUGAGUCUGCAGCUCUACCAGGUGGACAAUCGUAGCUACCUGCUCGACUUCAAGAGCAUUGAUGACGAUACGAUUGAGCACAAGUCCGGGUCGUCGACUCCCCAGCGCUCUGGCUCUACAGCCGGCCUCCAUCGGCCACGCCUCAGCAUCGACUCUGCAACCGUGGCUGUUGAAAUGCCCCAGCUCAGCAGCUCUCUGCCGGGCUCUCUGACUGGGAGCACACCUCUGCUGGCACCGCGGCAGGGCAGCCACACCAUGGACUUCUUCGAAAUGUGUGCCAGCCUCAUCACUACCCUGGCUCGCUGAGACCCGUGCAUCCGUACGCAAAGCAUCAAAACACACCAUCAUCUGAUGGUCUUUACCUCUUUACAGUCAACAGGUGAAGGGUUAAGGGUUGUGAUUUAUAGAGUUGGGUGCUUUUAUGUCAGUCCCACAGUAGCGGCACAAACAUACGGUGCCAUGAAGAGUUUUUGGACACAAAUAGCCACACCUACAAAUGUAUGGAAGUCAUUGCAUUAGUUAUAGUUCACAAAUAAAAAUUGCCCCAUGAUUUACGCACCCUCAAGGCAUCCCAGAAGUUAUAUUAAAAAAAUAUCCUGCCUCUUCCAAGCUUUAUAAUGCCAGUGAAUGGCUGUUGGGAUUUUGAAGUCCAAUAAAGUGCAUCCAUCCAUCAUAAAAAGUGCUCCACAUAGCUCCAGGGGGUUAAUAAAGGCCUUCUAAAGUGAAUUUUGAAGUGAAUAAUCUCUAGCUUCCGCUAACUGUCAUAUGCACGUUCACGAGAGAGUGGCGUUCCAGUGGAUGAUGUAGGAAGUAGGCAUAGCAUAAGGUCCUACGAUGCUUUGAGAGUAAGUAAAUCAUGGGAUAAUUUUCAUUUUUGGGUGGACUAUCCCUUAAACCAAUAAUCAUAGUGAAGCCAUCAGUACACAAUUUGUAAAGUUAGGUUAUAAAGGAUAAAUUCUGAUUAUGUUCCAUUUAGGGAUUUUCAAAACGAUUAAUCGCAUCCAAAAUAGAUUUUUGUGUUUACAUAAUGUGUGUGUACUGUGUAUAUUUAAAUGUAUGUAUAAAUACAUGCAAACAUACAUUUAUAUAUUUAAGAAACAUACGUAAACACAAACUUUUAUUUUUGAUGCGAUUAAUCGCGAUUAAUCGAUUUAACACCCCUAGUUCCAUUGAUGUUUGACAAUCAGAUACUUUUUUUUUUUUUUUACAUAAUUCGUACUAUUUGCAUUUUUAUUAUUUUAAACCUACCUUUUUUUCUUUUUUUAAUCUAAUGCAGUGACAUUCAUUCUGUCCAAACCUUAUAGGGCCACUUUAGUCAAAGGUUCUCGUCAUCAUCAUAAGUUUAAAUAGUUAUAAAACUAUAAACAUACUUCUGAUUUUAUAUACACAUUUUUUUUUUUUUUUUACAAUAUGUAUUAUACAGUAUAUUUAUAUUCUCAUAUCAGUCACUUGAGUUGUAUAGUUUAGUUUAAUAGCUAUUGAUUGCACUGACAUAUCAAAAAUAGGUUUAUGCAUACAGAGCAAAGAUCAUUAUUUAAUUAUAUUAGAGAUUCUUGCUUAUUUUACAAAGAGUUCAUAUCUAUUCAUAUUAUUUAAAUGGUAAUUUAUGGAGUGAAGAGCUUAUAUCGAGUGUUUUCCAGAGAGCAUUUAUCAAAGAGCAGUGUAAAUGCUGUUGCUAAACGUCACAGUGAAUCUCUGAUGAUACACACCAUCUGCGGUGGAAAAGCCUGACCGUGACCUAUCUGUGUCUGUCCCAGAGGCCUUGCUUAUAUCAUGAGCUGUGCUGCUGCCAUAGAAAGACAAAUAUGCUGGAUGAAGGCAGACAGACCAGCCGAAGAGCUUCAGUGUUGUGCCUUGAUAUGGCUAAAAUGCAAACAGAGAAGAACAGAGACGGACUGAAGUAGAGAAUGUGCCAGUCAUUUUGUUGUUACGAGUGAGUCUUUAAUUAGACGGCCUUAAAAUAUUCACAAUGCUUGAGACUGCAAAUGGCCAGAAAGAGCUUAUUAAAGCAUUCAUCCUGAAUGACACAUUCAGCUUUAUCAAAUGUAUUUAUGCUUUAGAACCUAGAUUUUAACACUAUAUUGAAAAUUAUUUUACGAGGCAUUUGACAAUUGAAAAGUAUAUUAAUAUAUUACAAUGUUUAUGUAUUAAAAUAUAAUUGUAGCAAGUUUAUAUCUAUUAUAUAUCUAUUGUAAAUUGUUUAAAAAAUGUAAAUUAGUAAACUGAUUUUGAUAUGGAUAUAUAAUUGAUCAACUGAAAAAAAAAUCCAAUUUCUAUAGGUAAUACACUACCAGUCAAAAGUUACUUUUUUUUGUUUUGUUUUUUAAUGUCUUCUGUUUACCAAAGCUGCAUUUAUUUGAUCAAAAAAACAAAAAAAAAACAAAAACCAGUAUAACUCUUUUCUAUGUGAAUAUAUUGUAAAAUACAAUUUAUUUCUGUGAUGCAAAGUUGAAUUUUCAGUAUCCCAUGAUCCUUAGAAAUCGUUCUAAUAUGCUGAUUUCUGCUCAAAAAACAAGUUUUGAAAACGGUUAUGCUAUUUCAUAUUUUUUUGGAAACCAUGUUACACUAACAUUCGAAAGUCUGGGAUAAGUAAGAAAAAAUAAUAAAUUAAUGUUUUUUUAAUCAAGGUUGCAUUAAAGUGAUCAAAAAUGACAGUAAAGACAUUUAUGAUCUAUUUCUAUUUCAAAUAAAUGCUGUUCUUUUGAACUUUUUUCCAUCAAAGAAUCCUGAAAAAUAAAAUAUAACAAAAAUAUGAAGCAGCACAACUAUUUUCAACAUUGAUUAUGUUUCUUGAGAACAUAUUAGAAUGAUUUCUGAAGGAUCAUGUGACUGAAGCCUGGAGUGAUGAUGCUGGAAAUUCAGCUUUGCAUCACAGAAAUAAAUUACAUUUUACAAUAUAUUCACAUAGAAAACAAUUAUUUUAUUUUGUAAUAUUUUUUCACAUUUUUUUACUGUUUUAUUUUUGAUCAAAUAAAUGAACCCAGGAAAACAGAAGAGAUUUUCAGAAACAUUUUUAAAAAAUAAUCAAUCGCAAACUUUUGACUGGUAACAAGUGUUGCCAAGUCCACCGUUUUCCCGCAAAAUUGGGUUACUUUAACACUGUUGCCGUGGGUUGUUUUUCAUGUCCACGGGUUGAAGCGACCCCAGUAACGUUAUUUAUAGCCCCUGGGGUGUGAAUUUAGCAUGUAUUUUAAGUUUCAGGCUAGUUUUGAGUAGCAAUUGAGCCGGUUUUGCUGUGAAAAAACCUGUCAACCCUGCUGGUAGCAUAUUUAGAUUUGCUUUAAAGAUUAUAUUGGUGGUGUGUAUCUGAUGAGAAAACAAAAAGUGACCUAAGCCAAUAGCAUUUAGAAGAGCGCGACACAUGACCCCCUUCCCUGGGAUGCCUUAAAUAGAUUGUGAACUUUAUUGUUUCUAAUCGAAUAUGCUUUAACAUUUUUGUUUAUGCGUGUGGUUGUUUGUAUGGAGUAGCUCCAAUGUAUUUAUUAGUUACACAUAUUUAUUCUUUAUUUAAGCUCACCUCUUAAGUGUUACUUGUGAACAAAUGACAUAAGAAGGUGGAUUUCAGUGGGGAUUCAGGAAGUGGAUUUGCUGUAGCUGUCUUUGUGCCAACGUGUAUGAAUGGACAACAACACCACAGCCAGUCGGGAAACAGCAGUGGACAAUGACUGAAAAUGAGAGGAGUCAAUACUAGUUGUUUUUGGUUCAAUCAACAGAUCUAAAUGACCGUUUUUAUGUUUUGAACUAGUAACAAGCUAAAUCUCUUAGUCAUAUUUAAUCCUGCUGGUUCAUAAUCCAUAAGGACGUUAUCACAAACUGUAUUUGUAUAGAUGUGGUGGUCUUCCUGAAUCUACCCCUCUGUCUUGUACUGUAAGGAACGGUUGAAUGGCUAGCGUUGUGUGCAUGAGCCGAGCGUUUGCGUGUUUUGUAUAAGUAUGCUGUAUUUUUAUGACACACGGCUGCAGUUGUACCAUUUUAACUGAAUGUAAAACAGAAAGAUGGAAAGUUCUCGCACAAAUCACUUCAUAUCAUGUAUAUGAAAUGCAAUAGAUGUGAUGCCUCUAAUAAGUUUAACAGUUAGGUGGAAACUACUCUGCUGGGGGACAUUUCCGGAGAAGAUUAGCCUGGAUUAUGGUGUUGUUUUCAUGGAAAAAUAUUGCACAGUCUGAAAUUCCUCCCGGAUGUUAAAGCCUUUACACAUUCUUAACAUUUUCCCCACAAAUCCCAAGUUCACUCCAGGUCACUUUGAGGAUCAGUGUGACUUUUAUGACAAAAAAAGCUGUAAAGCUUAAGAAAAUAGUUUAGGGACUUUAUCGCCCCCUGCUGCUGGACUUUGCUACUACAUUACAGGGAUAGAUCACCCAAAAAUGACAAGAUUUUUAUAAAUAACUCACCUUCAUGUUGUUUUAAACCUGUAUGAGUUUGUGUUGAACACAAAAGAUGAUGUUAGUUACUGGACAGUUGAUGGUAGUAGUUAAUUUCCAUAGUGUUUUAUGUAAGUUAAUGGCUACCGGCAACUAUUUGGUCAACAUAUUUUCUUUUGUGUUCAGCAAAAGAGAAGAGGGUGAGUAAAGGAUGACAUAAAUUUCAUUUUUGUGUGAACUAUCUCUUUAGGAUCAGAUUUGGAUGGAAUGUGUACAUGCAGUUGUGGUUAGCAUUUGUCAUAUUUAGAUGCCAGAUAGCAAAAGUCUCUUAUGACAGUUUAAUGUCUGUUAUAUCAGCUUUAUAGCUGUGUUUUGUGGAACCUGGUCAGAAACUUUAUGGCCCCCA